AUGUCGAAUCCCCAAAAGUACACGGUCGGCUGGAUUUGUGCCGUCACCACCGAGUUUGUCGCUGCGCGAGCCUUCUUUGACGAAAAACACGACCAACUCGAAACAAUCGCCGAUAAUGACAAUAAUAACUAUGCUCUGGGGAGAAUCGGGAAGCACAACGUUGUCAUGGCCGUCUUGCCUAAAUCUGAGUAUGGCACGACCUCCGCCGCCACUGUGGCAAGGGAUAUGCUGCGCAGCUUUCCAAACAUUCGUUUCGGAUUGAUGGUCGGUAUCGGCGGCGGUGCCCCCAGCACAAAGCACGAUAUACGACUUGGCGAUGUUAUUGUGAGUACCCGUGGCAGUGGGAAAGGCGGUGUGUUUCAAUAUGACUAUGGCAAGGCGAUUCAGGAGCAUGCGUUCGUGGCGACAGGGUCCUUGAACCAGCCGCCGCAAUUACUUCUGACAGCAUUAAGCGCGCUUGAGGCUGAAUACGAGCUGGAAGGGCAUCAGCUCAGCGCCCACAUUGAUAGGGCAUUGGAACAAUGGCCCCGUCUACGACAGAAGUAUUCUCGGCCACCCCUAGACAGCGACAGACUCUACCGGCCUGACGUUGUCCAUCCGGACUCGUCGAAAGAAUGCGGCGACGUGUGCAGCAACGAUCCCGCUUGUCUGGUGUAUCGAAAAGAACGGGGUGAGCAGGAGGAUGACCCUGCCAUCCAUUAUGGGUUGGUCGCCAGCGCAAACCAACUGAUGAAGGAUGCACUUGCUCGGGACAAGCUGGCGGCUAGUAUGGAUGUCCUUUGUUUCGAGAUGGAGGCGGCCGGCUUGAUGAACCACUUCCCAUGUUUGGUAAUCCGCGGAAUAUGCGACUACUCCGACUCGCACAAGAACAAGGAGUGGCAGGGCUUUGCGGCAAUGAUGGCGGCGGCGUAUGCUAAAGAUCUCCUCCGCCAGAUUCCUCCCAGCAAGGUCGAGGCCGAGAAGCCUAUUAGCGAAAUCCUCAGCUCUAUCGAAUCCAUAGGAAAUGAAACCAAAUAUGCGGUGAUGAGCAUGGCAUCUGACCAUCGUUUCGCCAAAAUCGAGCGGUGGCUGUCACCGCCAGAUUGUUCAACUAAUGCCAAUUUGGCAAGAAAACGCCGUCAUCCCGGCACUGGGACCUGGCUUUUAAACAGUCCCGCCUUCCAGGAAUGGAAACUUGGGUCACGUCAACAUCUAUGGCUCCACGGCCUGGCAGGAUGUGGCAAGACCAUUCUGAGUACGACGAUUCUGGAUCGUCUUCUGCAAAUAGACACCCACACGACACUUGCCUUCUUCUUUGAUUUUAGCGAUCCCAGGAAACAGAAACUGGAAGAUCUCCUACGCUCGCUGGCAGUUCAGCUUUAUCACACCGGAAACGAAGCCGCGAGACGACUUGAUAGUCUUUUCGCUUCGCAUGAUGAUGGACGGAGACAACCAGAUACGACUGCCUUGUCAGCCUGUGUUGACACAAUGAUACAAACUGCUGGAAAGGUUUUCAUUAUCAUUGACGCCCUAGAUGAGUGUGCAGCAAGGGAAGAACUUCUGCAAUGGCUGAAAGAUUUAGCUUCCAGGAAGGCUCAACUCAUCGUAACUGGCCGGCCUGAAGUAGAGUUCCAAAGCGCCAUCCCUCGGUCAUUCGGCAAGCGAAACUGUGUUCAACUUGAUAAUAACGUUGUCAACGUUGAUAUCCGAUCUUACGUUGAGGCAACGCUUGAGCAGAAGCCUGAUUUCGUGGAUAAAAAGUUAUCUCCAAGUAUUCUAGAGGAGAUUCGGGACAAAAUCGGGGAUGGAGCCGAUGGGAUGUUCAGAUGGGCAGCUUGUCAACUAGAAACUCUUGCUCGAUGUCUGAGUCCAUCAGCCAUCGAGAUAGCCCUCAUGUCUUUGCCUCGUGAUUUGAAUGAGACAUAUCGCCGUAUGGUCCAAAACAUACCGUCGGAAUAUAAGAGCAGCGCGAUUCGUCUCCUGCAGUUUCUCGUCCACACCAGGCGGCCUCUGACACUGCCAGAGGCCGUCGAAGUAGUAGCCACAGAGAUAAAUCAAGAGCCUCGAGGUUUCGACGUUAAACGCAGGCUAUUUCAAGCAGCCGACAUCCUGCGAUACUGCCCCAGCUUGGUGACAAUCGCCGAAGCCACGAACUACGCUGAGACCGUGGACGAACUUCAUCUUGCUCACUUCUCUGUCAAAGAGUAUCUUCUUGAACAAGCCCAGUUCGAUCUUGAAAGUGCCAGCAUUGUCAUCACCAGAACCUGCCUGACUUAUCUUGGUGAUAUCAAGAACAAUUGCAGCACAAUCAGAUCCGAUUUUCCCAUGGCACAAUAUGCAGCAGAAUACUGGACGGAAUACGCCGUUUUGGCCGAGACUUCUGAAGACAUCGUUCGAAUCACAGUUAAUUUUUUAAAAGAUGAGACAACAUUUCAACGGUGGUGUCGAUUGUAUCAGGCCGACUGCCAGUGGGGCGAUGAACCAGGACCUCCUAGAGCACCCAGACUGUAUUAUGCUUGUUUAGCUGGACUCACAGGGGCCGCAAGAGAUCUGAUGACAGAGGGAGCAGAUGUCAACGCGCAGAGCGGCGAGUACGGCAAUGCUCUACAGGCUGCCUCAUUUAACGGCAACCUGAGAGUUGUACAACUACUGCUGGACAAUGGAGCAGAUGUUAACGUGGAGGGCGGCAAGUACGGCAAUGCUCUACAGGCUGCCUCAUUUAACGGCAACCUGAGAGUUAUAAAGGAGCAGAUGUCAACGCGCAGGGCGGCGAGCACGGCAAUGCUCUAUAUGCUGCCUCACUUAACGGCGACCUAG